AGGCUCCUGCUUACAGGCACAGCAGGGCUUUGCUGGAAAUUGGAGUGCACCCCUCAACACUUGCUGGACUCGAGACUGAUGCAACCAAGUUGUGAAUAAUUACGUAAUUAGAAGAAACAUUUUUCUGGGGGAAAAUAUUUUUAGGCCAAAUUUUUCAAAGUGAAGACUGGCUAAGGAGCCAAACUACAUUACCCAAUUCCAGAAGACAAAGUUCUCCUCUUCUUGUUUGUGAAGAGUGUCAAAGAUGAAUCGUGUAGAGGAGUGGGUGCUCGAGAACAGGAGCAAGAUUGAGAAGGGUGUGGAGAUCAUGGGACAAAGCUGUGAGGUGUUAGCCGCCACUGUGGGGCAGCUUCACCCUGUUCUGGAAGCUGUAUUUGUGGCCUCAGCCGAGAUUCUUAGCAAUCCUGAAGGCAAGGAGGCCAAGUACCUGACUGAGCAGUUUGAAAAGGUAAACCAGAAGCUAGAAGGCAUACAGGAUGAGAUUGAAAAAAUUGCUUUAGAGUUACAACGGACCUCCAUGAACAAACAAAAUUUUGAUCGUGAAGCACAGAUGAUCAGCCAGUAUGAGAAGUUCCAGGAUUUUGUAAAUGCCAAGCCAAAGUUCAAGGAGAAGAAGUUGGAGAAAUUCCUGAGUCACUAUGAGAACACAGACAGUGACCUCAAUCUGGAUGCCCUUUACAAUGCAGUGACCGGAGAAAACACCUCUGGAGACCCUAUGCUGGAGACAGUGGUAGCCACUGAGCAGAGAAGCCGAAGGGCUGUGGAAGAGUUCUGCGCCCGGCUGAAGAAGCUCUUUGUGGUGGGCAUCAUAGCUGUUAUGGGCUAUGCCUCUCUGAAGGAAGGGGCUGUUGGGGAAGCAAUGGUAAAGAAAUGGCAGGAACGGAUGGAAGAUGUAGAAAUGCGCAUGAAGGCAGCAGUGGAUGACUGCACGGAGAAUUUUGCUGUGCAAGCCAAGAUAGACAUAGAGCAUCAACUUCUGGAGAAGCAAGGCAAUGUUGAUCCCCAGUUUACUCAGAGCCUUUUAGAUCUGCUUGCUAAAAAAUAUGACUGGGUUUCUUGGUCAAUCAGGGUUUUCAGUCAUGCAGGCCUGUUUUUCUGGAAUUGGCUGGCUGGAAAGAAAUACCAUGGCAGUGGUGGCGGGAAUUUCUUUGACCUUCUGACUAAGAAUAACAUUAGGGUGGUGGUUUCCUUUAGCGUAGAUCCCAAGCCAAUAAACAAGAGUCACAUACAGGAGCAGAUCGAGAAACAAAAGCUAAAAGGCAACAUGGUAGAGGUGGCCCAGUGUCUUAGUAAUAGUUUACCCAACUGUGUGGUACACGCUAUAAGCCGAUAUAAGGUGGUGGUGGAGGCCAAUAACUUCCAAGAUGAAUGUUACUAUUACGGGAAACACAAAAGAGCCCAUCUUUGCAUUCACUCAGAAUAGGCCUGGUGCUUGCAUAAUCUCCCAAAACUUUUACGAUCAAACAUUGACAUUUAGCCUUUGACUUGUACGUAGUCUUGUAUAACCUUUUAUAAACAUGGAUAAUGGCUAAGGUUUUAGGUGUUAUCCUAUUAGUAAUUCUUAAAAGACUUGUUUAAGUCAGGAUUAUUUUUUACUUUUAUGUAUAAAUAUCAGACUAUAAAGGCUUUAAGAGGGGAUGUUUGGAAUGGUUCAUUCAAAAAUGUAUCAAUAAAAUGUAAAUUCUGCUGAAUGUCUGCGAAGAUGAGGUGAUACUUUAUAUAAAAAAAAAUAAAAGUUGUGUUUAAACAGCUGAUAUAUUGCUGUUACUACAAGCUUUGUAUUUUAAUAUUUUGAUAUAUACACUACAUGGACUGAGUGUUGUUUACUGAGACGAUGUUCAACUUCAUUAGGUAGUUGCAAAAUUCUGUAUGUAUUCCAAAGCAAAGUGAUUCUCAUUAAAGUUGUAAAGGUGCAGGGCCACUGUUUAGUUUGCAAUUCGAGUUAUGAGAUUUCAUCAACUCUGUCAGAUAUCUAUAUUCUGUUUGUGCAUACUGGCAUUUUUGAAAUAAUAAACACAAAGUCUGAACAGCAUAUAGGUAAUGUUUGUCCUUAAAUUU